CCAAAGAGAUUAUUAUAAAAAGGUGGGAGAGAGAGAGGAGAGAGGUGAAACGGCUCAUAGAAAACACAAAAUUUUCACAAUAUUAAGUGUCUUGGUUUCAUAUCACUUAUAAUGGUCGUGGGUUCCUGCACACUAACUUCUAACACGAAGAGAAGGGCCACCUACAAAUUUUCCACCGACAUGGACACUGAAGCUGCCACCAAGAAACUAUUAUCUUUGAUCUUCCAUGAGGCAUUAUGGAUAUUUCUAUCUCAUCAGAUCAAGCUUGAUGCAUUGAAAGAAAGAGCUGGGCGAGAGAUCCGUGUUUUUGAAACAUAUGUUUCCUCAUCAUCAAAUGCUGCAUUAUCCAAUGAAGAGGUGACUGAUGACUUCUAUGAGUUUACUGCUGAAGAUUAUCACAGACUUUUGGCAGCUAAAAAGGAAGGUAAUGAUGAUAAGUUCUUGAAGACUCGAAAAAUCCGAGAAGCAGAAGAGGCAGCACGGAGGUCAGAAAUGACCAAGGCUAUAAUUAGAGUUCGAUUCCCAGAUAAUCACACAUUGGAGACUACAUUCCACCCAUCGGAAACAGUCCAGAGUUUAAUUGAUGUCCUGACUAAAGUUAUUGUGCUGCCAGAGGAGCCAUUCUAUAUAUAUACUACUCCACCUAAAAAGAUUAUGAAAGACAUGUCUCAGAAUUUUUAUGAUGCUGGCUUUUGUCCUGGUGCCAUUGUCUACUUCUCAUACGAUGUCCCAAAAGGUAGCACUGGUCCUUAUCUUCAAGAAGAUAUAUUGUCUUUGAAGGAACUGCAUGCUGCUAAUGAUCAAGGCCAACAAUCUGAGCCUUUAGUACAGUCAGAACCUGAACCUGCUGUGGCAAUACAGCCUCCUCCUGUUGAACAACGCAAACCUGCUGAGAAAAAACUUGUUAAACCAAAGUGGUUAAAAAUGUGAUUUCAAUUUCUCUUAGAUUCAGUAAUCAUUGUUCAGAAAAGAACCUUCACUUUUCUUGUGGGUCAACGUUAUAUCUGAAUUCAGCGUAUUAUGCAAAGUCCACAAGAAUACAUCAUAGUUAACUUCCUUUUCUUCCUUCUGCAUUUCGUGAAUUUGUAUAUAGUGUUUGAUGCAAGCGUUUCUUAGUGAAUGCAAGCGUCUUAGAUGUAUGUGAUGUUUCAAAUUUCAACGUUACAUUAUACUUGUAGAAAUUUUCUUUAAUCCUGAUUUGGAGAAUGCAAGCAUCUUGAAAUGUUGUUUUCUUAUUAA